CACAGAGCGAUAACGACCAGGCCGCGCUGGUGUUGGACGACCCCCUAUUCCGUUUUUUGCUAUCGCUGCCGUUCGGGAACUAACCUUUUCCUUUUUUUUUAAUUUCUCCCCUUUUCAGUCGGCCUACUUCCUUUUUGAUCCCUAGUUCGAGCCACCCUUUUUUUAAGCGAGUGAAUAAAAACACCCGUUCUGCCCCGCGGGAAAAAAAAUACAAUUUAACGAUUAACAUGUAAGUCGCGACUCGGAUUAUUGCUUGCUCAAGAAUUGCGAGUGAAUAAUAAAGCCAUCACCGACUGCUAGAUUGCUGUGGAUUGCAAGUGAGGAAGUGAAAAACGCGCCUACACGGAGUUACUCAUUUGUGCGUUUCCAUUUUGACAGGGAGGACGUCGGCUACACCUAAUCUCCUUCAUAAUUUUUCCUGUGCACUGAAUGAGAGUCUGUUGAAACCGCCCACGCCCGCCCCCCCGACCCCAGAAGAAAGGAAAGAAAAAAACAACAAAAUGGAUUACAGAUCACGCCAGAAAUAAAACGUUGGCACAAAACGUUAUCCACAAUUAUACUUUGCACCUUUUUUUUUUUAUUGCAGCGGGAGAUGAAAUAAGGCUUAAAGAGACUUUGUUGUAAGAGAGACACGAGAGAAAGCCGACCUCCGUCUCUUGAUAUCCUGUCUCUCCCUGUCUCUUCUCUCUCUCUCUCUCUCUCUCACUCUCUCCGUCUCUCUGCAAGAUGCAAUGGUGAACAUAGUAACUACGCGAAUCAAGGAUCAACCAUGAUAGUUAGAUUGCUGGCAUCCGCGAUUCUCCUCACCGUGGUCGGGCUGUCUUCUCCAUCACCAGAUCAGUUUUACGGUCAGACAUCUUGGAACGGGAGCAUCUUCACGGUCAAGAUCCCGCGGAACUUCCCGGUGGACAUCCCCAUCUUCUCCCUGGUGCCCUUGGUGCCUCCUGAGGAUCCCGAUGAGGAGUCCAGCUACCCCCCGGCGCCCCCGCCGCGCCCUGUAGGCAUUUCGGCGAGUUCCCGCCUCGGCAGCGGAUUCGGACGAGAUGGCACUCUGGCGGAACUGCGUCUGCCCGACGAUGCCAUCGGCAUGGACAACUGGGGUGACCACAGGGGGGUGAACCCCAUGGGCAGGGGUAUCCACAGCCCCCACUCCUCCAGGGAGGGGAAUCCUCCCCGGAUGAUUCUACUGGACAACCCAAACAACCUCUUCCAGUCCGUUCUGCAAGAUCAGAAGAAUGUGAUCUCUCUGCGACUGCGCAGAGGCAUCGAGCUGUCUGAUUACACCAGUUACAGUGGCAACAAUCGGAUCGAGGUCAACAUCGGCCCCGAAGGAACGCAGCUGAACGACAGAAAAUACGAGAGAAGAGACAGUAUCAUCACCGUCAGGGUCGUAGUUUUAGACGUGUUCAGAUGUCGGCAAAUAAGAAAGAACUUCUGUAUGUUCUCGGAGGAUGAACUCAAGUUGCGCCAGUGGGAGAACAGACCUCGGAAUGCCCUCGUGUCCCUGGCCACGCCCACCGAUGUCUGCCCUGACCUCAAUGCCAAGUACUCCUUGGAACUCGAUGAUCCAAGAAUUGGAGAGAGGAUCCUCACGACCGCCGUGGAUCGUCUCUCGAUUAAACCCACUGUGGCCCUGGAUCGCGAGAAAUACGGAUCGGAUAUCCGGUUCACCGUCAAAUGCGAAAUAGAGGUGCCCGGUCGUCGUCCCAUCUCCCAAACGCGCAGCGGAAGUCUCCUGAUCCUCGACGAGGACGACUCGCCUCCCAUCCGAAGCAGGAAUCCUGUCGUGGUCUGGCACUACACCAACAGGACUGAAGACCUGGACGACCAAAUGAUGGUGCUGGACCCCGACCUGAUGUACACGAAUAAAUACGAGAUCAAGCUGAUUGGCAACACCUACAACCUGGUCCGGAUCGAGAGCAUCAAUAAAUUCAACAUUAGGAGCGAAGAAUGCAACAGGGAGGCCGAGAAUAUCACUGGGUACACCUUUGCCACUGACUGCACUCUGCUGACCCCAGAUAUUAAAAUGAAAGUUGAUGCAAAUGGAAAUCUAGACCUUUCGGAGUGCCGUGAGCAUCUGCAAUCACGCUGUGAAGAGAUGGCCCUUGACGACUCCAAGAUGAGGAAGAACGUCCCAACAAGAUCCAGUUCUCCGUCGUCAUCAUCGACAAGAAGCUCCUCCACAGGGACCCCAAGGCCAAGCAGGAGGGGACGACCCGCUCGCCCUCACCUGCCGAAGGAAGGAGGAAGAACAUUACCUGGUGGUCGUUUUGAUGAGGCUGUUGGCUUUUGGCGAGUGAUGUCGGACAUUUAUGUGUCAUACGACAUAGUGCUAACGCUACCCUCGUGUGAAGAAGAGGCCAUCCCCACCUGGACCGAUAUUUCGAUUAUCGUCCCACCGGCCGAAUAUAACAUUACUGUCACCAGACCCGUCAACAAAUACUACCGCCUGGGCAAGUUACUGAAUCAGUCGGUGCCCGUGAACGACAACAGCCAGGAGCUGCCUAGUGCCCUGGCAUUCGUCAUGGACCCGGAAAGCCGCAAUAUGGGUGUUGCAGUGACCAGGGUCAACGGGAUACUCUACGUGGAGGACCCGGAGAUGCUGACGAAGGGAGAGCUUAUUGUCCGUAGAGGCGAUACUACCAUUAACGUUUACUUGAACGUCAAUAUUAUGGAGUCCGAUUUUUGUCCACCUCCGGAGGAACCUUCGGAGGAGAUCGAGUGGUGCUCCUCCAAAGGGCUCAACACGACCUGCGAGUCGUCCUGCGGCAUCGGGUCGUCGGGAUUCUGCUCCUGGCGGCCCAGUCAGGACACCCCGAAUAAUGUCCUGUACGGGACGUGUUCCCCCGACUUGGACACCUGCCCCAACGGCGUCUGUGACGAGUUGGAGCAGCUGCAUUUGGGCAUUUGUCCCCAGGAUUGUGUCGAUGCUGAGGAUUUCACCGGUAAAGCCUUUGGGCUUAUAGGCCCCGAAGGCCGAGGAGUCCAGUCUUGCCGUUGGCUGUUCACCUGCAGCGAUGGAAAGUGCGUCUGCUUCCCUUCGUUUCUGGAUCCAGACUACCCAGGGUCUUUGCCCAUACCAAGUCAAGGACAGAAACGCCUGUCUUCCAAACGGAGGAGGAAGGGCCAUAGGUCUCAGACAAUAUUUCCGGUGUCAGAGAGUCACGGAGCUGGAUGUGACGAAGGUUGUCUCAUCGCCAUCUUAAUUACUGUUCUUCUCUUUCUGAUGUUUCUCUUCGUUUUGUUCUUCGUGUGGAGGCGUCGUGCCCAUCGCAGCGGCAAACAGAAGGGCGGCGUGAUUUCAUUAGGCGCUCUGCCAAUCGACGAGCGCAACUCCCUGGCCUACACGAGGGACGAGCCCCACGACACGGUCCACCACGGCAUCAGGUCCUCUCCAAGACCCGAGCAUAACUUCAUCCCUACUCUUCACGUCACGCAAAUUGACCGGAAAUGGGAGUUCCCAAGGAACCGACUCGUGAUCGAACAGACCCUAGGCGAAGGAGAGUUUGGCAAAGUCAUGAGGGCCAAAGCUCAGGGCAUCAAUGGCACUCUCGGAUACACAACGGUAGCGGUGAAGAUGCUGAAGCCGAACAGCACGCCCUCAGAACUCAACGACCUGCUGUCGGAAUACAGCCUCCUGAAGGAGGUGUCGCAUCCCAACGUGGUGAAAUUGCUGGGGGCCUGCACUCUCAAAGGUGGCCCUAUCUACAUCAUCAUCGAAUACUGUCAGUACGGCUCCCUCAGGAACUACCUGAAGAGGUCGCGGCACGCGGAGUUCGAGAACCGUGUCGGUUCAGGUCCUGUCGACGGCACGGCCGCCGAUUACAACGUCACGCCCAAGGACAUCCUGUCCUUCGCCUGGCAAAUCAGCAAAGGGAUGGCGUACCUGGCAGACAUGAAGCUUGUGCACAGAGAUCUGGCUGCUCGAAAUGUCCUGUUGGCUGCAGGGAAGGUCUGUAAAAUAUCGGACUUCGGCUUGACGAGAGAUGUCUAUGAGGGCGACCUCUAUUUCAAGCGCAGCAAAGGAAGAGUUCCUGUCAAGUGGAUGGCGCUGGAGUCCCUCGUGGACCAUGUGUACACCAGCAAGAGCGACGUCUGGGGCUUCGGCGUGUUGCUCUGGGAGUUGGUCACUCUGGGGACGCUGCCCUAUCCAGGAGUUCAGCCGGAAAGACUCUUCACUCUCCUGAAGGCUGGAUACCGGAUGGAAAGACCGGAGAACUGUUCCCAGGAGCUGUACGACGUGAUGCUGCAGUGUUGGGCAGAAGACCCCAACAGAAGACCAUGUUUCCAGGACCUAACAGACAUCUUCGAAGGCAUGAUCCAGGCCGACGUGGAGUACCUGGAACUCAGAUCUCUGAUCGUGACCAACAGGAGCUAUUUCGACCAGGUGGUUCCCCUUCCCGACCCUCCGCAGCAGUUCCAGGACGCCCCUCCGCAGAUACAGGUAGCACCAGAGCAGCUUCCUGAACUGGGCCACCAGUUCCAGGACAACUCGGAGACGUCUCCUGACUCUUCGCCUCAGAUGGAAGAAUUGCAGAAUGCAGACUCUGACUGGAGCCCGCCGUCAGGCCACACCGAUGCAGACUCCUACCUCAUAGCCAGGACAGACAUCAAAAGGCCCUGCAGAGAGGAGUCGUCAGAGCCUCUCCUAGCCUCUAUCACUCCAUCGACAACUGGUAUUCACACGCCCACAAUCACCACAUCUCACGCCCACAACCCAGCUUAUUCACCAACCAGCGAGAUGCUGCCACAGCCCCUGCACUAUUCCACCUUAGCCAGUCGACCUGAUGAGGAGGAUGUACACACUCUGGAGUGCUGUCGUAGCGAGGAGGACUCCGACAGCGGCAGAGCCACUGGGGACUCCGGCUACGCCACGGAGGAAGGCCGAGGCCGCUGGAAGGGCGACCGCGACCCCAAGGGCUCCUGCCGAGCCCCCCUCACCUCCCCGAGGGGCUCCUCUUACUCCCCCCUCCCCCACCACAGCCAAGAUCCCGACGACGACCAAGAUACCUCGGAGGACCUCGAGGAGCGGCAGGAGCUCCUCAACGAAGACCUCCUCGGACACCUGACGCCCAGCCCAGAGCCUGCUCAUACCGCCCAUCAUAGCACACGCACCGCCCACACUACUGCUACUGCUACCCACGCUACUAGUCAUGCCGCCCACAACGCCCACACCACACCGGUCAUCGUAUGAAAUUCUCGUUCGCGACGACGACGUGCAUCUCGCGCGCUGCCAAAGGUGCGAUGACAGCUCGAAGCGAAGAGAAACAAAACAGAGAGAUGACGGUUCUUGACAGUGAAGCACAUUUCCAGUUCAUUUCCCUGGUGCGUCAUUCAUCCAAGAAGAAGAAGAAGACGAAGAAGAAGAAGGAGAACAAGAAAACAAGAAGAAGAAGAAGAAGGAAGGAAGGAGAAGUUAUUUUCGACAGCGGCUACCCCCACCAGGAGCAGCUCCUAGGAGCGCGCGGGCAAACCUUCAUAACCUAGAAGUGACUUUGGAACGAUGCUCCUUCAGAGGCCGAGACGCGUCACUCGCACUCACCAUAUCCUUUUUUUUUUUCUUGUCUCGUCUUCUUCGCUAUCGCGUCCUUUCCUUUCGUGGGGUAUACAAACUCCGGAAAGGAUGACAAAGGAGCUCUACUUAGUGUUGCUGUAUCGUGAAAAGACGAGAGAGUCUUUCUCGAAGCUGUGACUGUGAAAUACGUUCAAAAUAAAUUAGAGGAGACGACAUGAUGAUACUGACUGACCUUUUGAACCAAGCUGGCGCGAGAGGUCAUGUCGUGAAUACGACGACAGAGGUGGUGAAUUGCCUGGUGCAAUCAAGGAAAAAUUCAACGGUCCUUGUGUUUCCCGUUUGUGGGGGAAAAACCCGAAAAUCAAAAUAUCAAUACGGUUAAUUUUUACGAGAUAAGGAUGGGGAAAUGUGCAAUCUUUUUUUUUUUUUUAAAUAUAAGUGUAUUGCCAUUCCUAAAGACGUGUGCAAGUUAAUGUUCUCCCCAAAAAAGUAAAAAAAAAUAAGAAACGGCUUUUUUUGGAGCGUAGAAAUUUUAGUAUGAUAGCAAGACAUAAAAAAAAAAGAGUACAAUGUUUUUCAA